AUGUCAAGCCACACACUCCACCAUGCUCUCCUUCGCCCUCCUAUCAUACAGAUUCUUCGAGCCCAAGGAUUUCACUCGGCACCACCAUCUGUUCUAGAAUCAAUACAAGACUUGACCGCACGCUACAUAAUGCUUCUUGCCAACUCAACGGCCCUACAUGCAGCAAAUGCUCAUCCGGGUCAACAGUCACCCACCCUUGAAGACUUUUAUCAAGCCCUGCAAGAUGCAGGCGCACUUCGUCCACAACUACGAGAUUGGGAAGAAGACUGGGCAGGAACGGAAGACAUGCGCGGAUUGGAAUCUUUUCUUGGAUGGAUCACAGGCCCAGAACACCGCGAGAUUCGGCGCGUGGCGGGCUUCGUCCCCAGCGAAGGCGAUAUUGUGGACCCAGAUGCCGUUGAGAAAGAGGAUUUCUUAACGGCUCUUAAGAAGAAGCACAGCAAGACUGGCGAGGAGUCUCGAUAUGCUGGUACGGUUCUGGGAAAGGGUGCCGAGGAGCACCCUAUCAUUAUUGAGGGUGGUCUACCCAGCAUUCGAGAGUGGAGCGACCAAGCGAGACUUGGUAACAAUACGAAUAAACAAUAA